GGGAGAUAACUCUAACCCGGAAGUGAGUUUUGUAAGUGUGCGUGUGUGGGUGGGUACGGCAGCUUACGCGUGUACGGUGUAGGCCAGUUUUAAAUCUGCAUAAUCUAUUACAAACGUGAUUUUUAAGAUUAAUACUAUCCACUGAAGUAUCACAGAGAUGCCUUUUCUAGUUGUUGGGACCUGGACCUUUUCCAGGGAAGCUGUUGCUACAACUGCACACUGUCUACAACAAAACCUGUCUUGUACGGACGCCGUGGAGAGGGGAAUCAACCAAAUUGAAGUGGACGAGGCAUAUGGCCCCUGUGUUGUGGGAGUGGGCGGCUUCCGGAACUCGGAUGGUUAUUUGGAGCUGGAUGCUGCCAUGAUGGAGGGACGGGGCUUGCGCACGCAGUUUGGUGCUGUGACCGCAUUACAGGGAGUUCCACGCGCAGUCUCCGUGGCGAGAGCAGUGAUGGAGAAAUGUUCUCACAACAUGCUUACCGGAAGUGGUGCCACAAAGUUUGCGAAGGAGCAAGGUUUCGCCGUCGAGGAUAACUUACUGACUGCCAAGUCGAACCAAACGAAGCAGUCCAUUCCUGGUCACGACACCCUAGGGAUAUUAGCAGUAGAUGGGCAAAACCAUGUCUGUUCAGGGGUCUCCACAAGCGGAAGUGGAAAUAAACAUCCCGGGAGAGUGGGAGAUAGUGCACUUCCGGGAAAUGGAUUAUAUGCAGACGGCGAGGCAGGGGCGGCCUGCUGUAGCGGAGAUGGAGAUCAAAUCUUGAUGUACUGUCCAAGCUUCCGGGUCGUCCUGCUAAUGAAGGAGGGAAAACAACCACAAGCCGCAUGUGAGGAAGUGAUUAAUGAUAUCCGCCGGAAGUGUGAUGGACAGAUAUUUGAAGUGGCUAUCAUAGCUGUAAAUAUGAAGAGCGAGUAUGGGGCGGCGUCGACACUGGAUACAUGGACGGAUCCACUCACUGGUCAGCAGUUCGCAGGGUUUCCCUAUGUGGUUUAUACUGACGUCAUGUCCGAACCGGAAAUAAAACUUUCUAAGACGAAUCGGAAAGAUUCUUGAAGGCUGUUGACGGAAACUUGAUUGUUUUUUUCCCUUAAUUAAAAAAAAAAAAAAAAAA